UGUCAUAUAUUAUUGAGUUUUUAUGUUGAAAUGUCUGUGAUAAAACUGGUAACAUAGAUUCUUUUAAACUUGGUAAUAGAAGAGGUUUUUUGUCCUAUCCUCUGCAUUGUACAACACAGGCAUCCCAAAUUUUGCCUGACUGCCAGGCGCAGUUCUGCUUUCAUGUCAAAUAAUUAGCAAAAUCUUAGACUAACCUAAUAUUUAUAUAUUGUAAUUAGAUAUGUCUUUGACUUAUGUAUAUUUCUGUUUAAAGGAACAGACUUUGGGAAUGGGCAAUUAAUGGAUUAAGCAUAUUCAGAGUCACAAUUAUGUACAGAAAGUAAAAACUUCUUUUUUCCUUUGUCUAUUUGUGUCCAACAGAUUUUUCAGAUGUGAUGCCUAUUUAGCAUUUAGGGAUUUUUCUUAAGUCCUUUUACUGGAAUACAUUCAUGAUUUACAGUCCUGCUCAAGUAAUAUUGCUGAUUAAAUUAACAUUACCUGAUGAGUGAAACUAGUAAGGUAUUUUGUCCAAAUUAAAUCCGCUCCUUUAAGGAGAAGCAAAUUGGCCAUUAGAAACUCACCCCAGUUCUUAAAAUGAAAGCUACUGUCCAAAUAUGAAUCUAGCAGUUACUUUUGAAGUUACAUUUGUGAAGAACAUCUGUUAAUAUAAAAAUAUCUUGAUACAUUACAGAGGUUUAGCUAUAGUUAGUUCAGAAGUACUUGGUUAACAUCUAAGGGAGGAAGGAGAAUAAAUGUCUUGCAUUUGGCAAUCAGUAAGCCAGGGCUUUUACCCAUUGCUUGGCUUUGUUUGGGUUUAAACAAUGUUCCUCUGUUUUUGCUCAAGCUGCAGUAAUCCUUUAGCCCUUGAUGUCAUGCAUCCUGGGUUUUUGAUACUCUUUAUAAUAAUCUUUGAACCCUCAGCCCACAUCAUAUGUUAUGAAUAUUCUUAUUUUGGAGUAGAGAGGCAGGCAAUCAUUUCAGACAGCAGGAACCCUACCCCUAACAUUUCCCUUUGCGUCAAAGACAUGGAGCAACAUCAAGCAGAUGAAGUAAAAUAAAAACAAGUUUGAAAGAUGGUUUGGGAUGAGAAAAAGAAAAAUGGGAAAGGAUCAGCAGAAAAGAUUGCUUUUAAGUGUCAGAAUUUCACUUCUUUUGAGGAGUAAUCCAAACUAUACCUAGAAAAGCCUCUUUGAGGCAACAGUUGGUUCAAGGUGUAAGCAUGGUUGGGCUCACAGUGAAGGGUUGGAACACGGUUGGGGGUUGGAACUAAAUGGUCUUAAAAGUCUCUCCAACACAAACUAUUGUAACAUUCUAUGGUUCUGUGAUUCUAUUGACAGGCUGUUGCCAGAAAUUGGUUCUGGAGAAUAUAGAAAAUGGUAGCAUUACAGACAAUCAACUCAGGGCCUUCUUUCCAGGUGAAAAUGGCUUCAGCAAUAUUAUCAAUACUAUAGCUUAUAGCAAUGCAUCAGCAACGUCAGCAAUAUAAGCAAUUACUUUCUUCUUCUUCUUCUUCUUCUUCUUCUUCUUCUUCUUCUUGCCAUGUGACUUGGAGUGUUUGUUAUUCAUGUCCUCCUCAGUAAGUAACGCAUCUUCCAGACUCCAAUUUUUUUUAUUUUUGGCCUUCUUGGUUUAACUUUUAAAGAAAUAUGACUCUGAGGCACACUGAGUGGCUUCCUUAGGGAACUGGUCUGUAAAUCUUUGGAAUUAGGACAAAUAACAGCUUGUCUAUGGUACUGUUUAAUGCAAGAAGCAAUACAGGCUUUUCUUGGAGGACCUAAUAGGAGAAUCUUGUCAGAAGUCACCUUUGACAAUUAGACUGAAAACCAAGGAGGGAAAUAGAGCUUGCCCAAAGAUCAAAGAGCCACCCGAGAAAAACUGUGUUUGUGAAUUCAGCACAGAGCCCAUCUCCCCCCUCACCCAGCUCCAGACACUGUUUCCAGUGUACAUACAGCCCUGGCUCACGGCUAUCGCAGUGGGCCCUGCAAAGCAAGCUCAGUCCCCUCCUGCCAGUUUACUAGUGGAGGAGGUUUUUCCGCCAGGCAAGUUCAUUUGUCAAGGUGACCUUCAGAGGCUGCACGAGCACUCCUGCAGAUAAAGAAAGCCGCCUCAGCGCUUUUGUAAAACCCAGCUCGGUGGCCCAGGGGCCUCCUGCCACUAAACCAGACUAAACCCUUCCUACCAGCACUCCAAGGAUUUCUCUGUCCCACAGUUUCCGUCCAUCAACGGUGUACAUUUUGCAAUCCUUUUAUCAUGUUCUGUAAACCCUCUCCUCUUGCCUGACUGGUUUUAUUGUCUAAAUGGUCUUGAGGUUAAGUAUUCUCUUUUUAAAAAUCCCUAUUCUGUAAAUUAAUUGUCUCCUAGGCAGAGAUAAGACCCCAAUUAAAUCUUAAUCGAUCACAAAUGUAGGUAGGACAUUUCACAGAUCCUCUGCCAAAGUCCAGACAGAAGAAGCAGAUCUUCAGAGAUCUCCUAAGAGAAGGUUUAAUCUUCUGUAGCAUCUGAGGAGUUGCUGUCAAGUCUGGAUUGCUUGGCCAUGAAAUCCUAUUUUCUUUCUAUCUAUAUAGUUACUUUCAAAUACAUCACUUAUUAAAUUUUAGCAUAUUGCCAUUUUCAUACCACAGAAAACAAGCCAGAUUUAGAGCAUGUGUGCCUAAUGUAUCCCAGUGUUAAUAUAAAAUCUAGCUUGGAGAAGAGCCUCUGGUUUUUACUCACUACAGCUGGAACAGAUCAAUAUAUAGAGACUCUGGAAAGAGCAGUCAUGUUUCAGAAGAAACCACCACACAGUUAUAAUCAUGCCAGUUGAAUUUCUGUGGAAUAAUUAAUCCAAUGAUAAUUAUUCCAGUUCCUUCCUUUUAGUUUUAUUUUCAUGCCUGCCAUAUGACAUCAGUUAGACAAGUCCUUAAAGCUAUUCCCCAGCAGCCAUGACCUGUUAAAACAGGAGACUGUAUUCAGAAGUGGAACCAAAAUAAAAGGAACAUUUCUUUUUCAAGGGGAAAAAAAAGUUUGCGUUGAUCAGAAUAAUCUACAAGAGCAUGUUUUGAGCCAAGGAAAAAAUUGGCAAAAAUCAGAAAAAGCUGAAACAUUUCAUUGCAACAUCUUCCAAAUUAACUGCUUUCUUUCUAAUUUAUGUGGAUUUAACUUUUAACAGAAAAGUAAAACAAGUCUCUGAGAUCAAACUGUUUAUUGUUCUUCUGAAGUUCUAUUGGAAAAGAAAAUGGCUUUUUUUCAGAUUAACUUUAAAUGAAGACUUUGUUCAAUUACAUGUUUCAUCAAAGCUCUGAAAAAAUCAGUUAUUUACACAGCUAAUUGUUUAUGACUGCUGUAACAUUUAAAUUUAGAAAAAGAAUAGCAUGAAACCACGUGUCAGUAUUUAUCAGAUGUAUGGCAUUCAGUAUAUAUGCUGAAAUACUCCAUCAUUAUGUCCCAUAUAUGGAAUUGGUUGAGAAUUACUUUUCUACAAACCAUAAGACAGAAAACUCAAAUAUAAAUAAAGAUGCCAGGGCAGGCAGAUCCUCGGAGGGACACUUGUGUAUAUAUGAGUUCACCACUCUUUAUUUUUCAUAGGACAGAUAUGAUUAGGGCUCACCACCAUGCAGGUCCUAAAGGAAUGAGGCUAAAAAAUUAUGUUUAGACAUAUUUACACACUUCUAUAGCAAUAUUUUAAACCUAAAUGUUUGUUUAAAAUUUAGCUCAAGAAAAUACUGUAUUUUUGGUGGUUAAAUAUGUUAAGUAUGACACUGUAGCUAGAGGGUCACACUUCCCUUAAUUUUAAUUGUACCUAAUUCUCAGUGAGCAGUUAUCCAUUUGCAGCAUUUAUUAGCUGUCUGAGUCCCUCACUGUUUUCUCCCUUUAUGAAGAGCAAGAGACACCUCUUAACCGUGGGUGAGUGAAUUGCUCUUUGGAGGUGACUUUCUGCUGGCUUUGGCAAGCAGCAUCCUAACUCACACAUCCUGGUUCACACAACAUGAAAUGAGAGGAUGCAGCACUUCUUGAAGCAUGGGGAGUGUUUUAAUUGCCAACAGCAGCCAGAGGGAAGAUACAUUCAUUGUAAAUUGCUGCAUGUAAGCCGACCUCCAUUUCCUUGUCUCCCUUCCCAAAAACGUUUUUCUCUACCCCACAGGCAGAUAGCUACAAGGAACGGGGGUUGAAAAUUUUAUAUUUGCAAAAUGCAACCAAACAUCACCUUAGUUUCCAGGAAAACCUAAGUCACUGUUACUGAUGAUUGUAUAAAUUUCAUCAGACAGCAAUCUUGGGAAAAGGCAAUCCUAAAACUAUAUUUAUAUGACACAAGGAGAAUAACAGUGAGGACAGCGAGAAGUGAGAAGAGAGACAGCAUCCCUGAAUGAAGCAGAGAGGGCAGUCUCAUGACUAUUCAGCCUAGAGGCUGCCUUUGAAUACCUGUAGAAAGUAACACUGUAGAGGUAUUUAGUUGGGAUGAUAUGGACUAGCAUCGUUUUAUAAUUCCAGGCAAAGCAGUAGGAGCUUCCAAGCAGUUUCUGGUCACUACCACCAUCAGCUGAAUUUGUAGCAUGAGCAGCCCCACAGUCCUAAGCCGCAUUCCCUCUUUCUUGGAGUUUGUCCUUUAAAGCAUGACCUAAUAGACCUAUAUGUCCCUAAACAGACCUACAGACAAUGGUAAAUGACUAGAAGUUUUCAAAAUUUUCAAGGGUUUAUGCAAUCAUAAAAGUUUUCCCAGAAGAGAAAAAGGUGACGUUAAGUCCAGUUUGAAACACAGAGCAAAUUUAACUUCAAGAUGAACUGUAAAACCAAAUCACUUCUGGUUUUGCUCUUUUCUGCCCCUUAGGAAAUCUGUGUCUGAUUCAGGAAGUCCUUUCCCUUCUCUCUCCUUUGUUUCAGUUUUUGUUUUUUUUCUUCCCCUGAUUAAAUAGCAGGCUUUCUUUUUCCUUUAUUCUGCUGUAGCGUUUUAGCCAUGUCUGUGGAGGAAGUUUAGGAUAUCAAAAAGCUUAUAACCAGAAAGUUAGCUUUUCCUCCUUUAUUUCAGGCUGGAGGAAUGAUGACAGGAAUGCUGUAAAUUUGACAUACCCAUUUAAGCAUUUCAGUGCAUAAACAAAGGUUUGGUGGAGGGAGUAAAGUUUGACGAACUCAUAUGUUUUCCAUGCUCAAGAGUUAUGUCUUAGGGCUCCUUUGACAGCAUUAACUGCCUGUGGCAGGGAGCAUUUUGCACUGUGUAUUUCUUCAUCCCCCAGCUGCAGCUCAAAACCAUACCUAAAUUUCAAGACUUUACUUAUCAUGUGGCCACAACCCAAUUCUGGGCCUAUUCAUAUAAACCUGGUAAAUGCUAUUUCAGUAUUCAUCUAGGCCCCCCACUGAUCAUCCUGCUGUAAGAAAAGCAAGAAAGGCCUCCCCAUAAAUAUUUGAUUUCUUAACAGCUCUACUCUGGCUCCCUUUUCCUUUCUCUUUGCAGACUAUGCUUCUCCUCUGGGUGGAGAGAGAGCAGAAAGAGCUCCUCAUUAAUUUGCAUCUGUCCAUUUAUGAGUUUCUGCUAAUGGCAGUCUCAUAUCCCUUUAGAAGGAAACACAUAGGCUGGCUCUGUCUUUUUCUGAGCCACCCCACAGGGACUCUUCUGAAUUACAGAGCAGCUUAGUGCUGAUUACUUUUUUAUUUCUCUUCUUAGGAAACGGAUAAAAGGUUUAAGUUCUGACACAAACAGGAAAACAUACUAAGAGGAUUUAUCCUGAAGGCAUCUGCUCUUUAAAUAGUGAUGGAGCAGUGUCAGUCGGUUUCCCAGAAGGGCCAGAAGCUCCACCACUCUUUGUUCCCGCAGCCCUUGUGUGACUAGAGGCAGAAUAUCCUGUCACAGGCUGUCAGAUAGCUCCCAGAAUAUGCAACUUGGUGAUUAUAGGCUGAGGAGGGACUCAUUGCCACUAGGAGCAUGAACAAGUCGGGUGUAAGGAAGACUCUGCACUGGUCCUUUAAGGAUAACAGCAAGGCUCUAUUCUGCUCUGAGAAAGUCUCUCUCUCGUCGAAGAAUUAACAGGAUGCUUUCCAACGAGUCAGUACCUCCUGCCUUCAGUCGCUCCAACUCGCAGGCCUCCAUGGACAGCACUUCCAUGGAGGACUUCUGGUGUGAAGUAGAGAGCAUCAAGGAGAGCAGAGAAGAUGGAUCUGAAGAAGCAAUGCUCUUGGAGUUCAAACCUGCUGAUGAAGGGGAACUGGAGGCAGAAUGGCUGCAAGAUGUAGGUUUAUCUACGUUGAUCUCAGGAGCUGAGGAGGAGGAUGGCCAAGCCCUGCUGUCCACUCUGACCAGAACUCAAGCUGCUGCUGUACAGAAGAGGUACAACACCUACACUCAGACCCUGAGGAAGAAGAACAAGCACACAGUCCGGGAUGUGCGAGACAUCUUUGGCACCAGUGACUCUUCUCCCACAUUUGAGACAGUUCCAGUGUCACCAGUAUCUCCUAAUGGUAUCCAGCUUCCUGGGCAGAAGCCAGUUUGGAAAUCAGUUAGCUCUAAGAGCUGUCUAGACUGUGGAAUAGAUAAAGGCAGCCCAUCCAUAACAGAAGAGCUUUCCUAUGAUGUCUCUUUCUCAGAAUCCAUUACAGUCCUUCCAAAAACCCAAGAGUGGCCAAAAAACCAGAGGUUCAAAAAGGAAGACUCGGCUUUGCCAAAAUUCAUAGUUCGGAAGAGCCGUUUUGGCCUGACAGAGGUUGGGGACCUCUCUCCCGAGGACAUGAAGAAGAUCCGCUACCUCUCCCUGAUCGAGCUCACGGCCUUCUACGACGCGCUGGGCGUGGAGCUGAAGAGGAACCGUGUGGACAGGGUGCGGGGACGAGAGAAUGGUCUUUUUGGGGUCCCUCUCACCGUACUGCUGGAGAAUGAUCAAAAGAAGGUUCCUGGAGUAAAAGUGCCCCUGAUCUUCCAAAAACUGCUACUCAAGCUUGAGGAAACAGGUUUGGAAACAGAAGGAAUUCUACGGGUUCCUGGAUCAGCCUCCAGAGUCAAGAAUCUUCAUCAAGAACUUGAGGCAAAAUUUUAUGAAGACACUUUUGACUGGGACCAAGUACGAAAUAACGAUGCAGCGGGACUGCUGAAAAUGUUUAUAAGAGAACUCCCAAGCCCACUCUUCACAGUAGAAUAUUUGCCUGCAUUCAUCACACUAGUAGAAAAAAUCUCCAAGAUCAAGUUACAGCUACAAGCUUUGCAUCUGUUGAUCAUGCUGAUGCCCGAGGCCAACAGAGACACAGCCAGGGCUUUUCUUCAGUUCCUGAAGAAGGUGGUUGCUAAUGAAGGGAAAAACAAGAUGAAUUUGUGGAACGUGUCUAUGAUUGUUGCACCAAACCUCUUCAUCUACAAAGGGAAGCGUGCAAACCAGCAAGAGAUGCAAGCAGCCGCCACCACGGCACACAUUGUGCGGCUUUUAAUCCGGUACCAGGACAUCCUGUGGACAGUCCCAUCCUUCCUGAUUUCCCAAGUGAGAAAAAUGAACGAGGCAGCAAUGAACAACAGCAAGAGGCAGCUGAUGUUUGACAAAGGAGUGAGAAAACUUCUGAGGAGAAAGACCAUGGAACGGGAGAGACCUGAAAGGCCAGAGGGAGCUGUCACUUUUCCUCCAUACUUGCAGUCUGACAUACCCGAGGGGGUGAUCAGAGUUUAUGCUCCACUGCAUUCAAAAGUCUCUAUGGCAAUUCAACUCAACAGCCAAACAAAAGCCAAAGACAUCCUGGCUCGGUUCCACUGUGAAAACAGCCAUGGAUCAUCACAGAACAUGAGAGGCCAGAUCCAAAGUUUACAUGAAAUUGGAGGAAAUAUAGGUCAGCACUGUUUGGAUCCAGAUGCGUUCAUGCUAGAUGUCUACCGUGCAAAUCCUCAUGCAGAAUGGGUGAUAAAACCAAAAGCCAGCUGAAGCAGAAGGCAGCAGUGUACUGGACAAAAGCCAAAUGGACAAGAGUGAUGCCUGUCAUUUUAAGCAGCUCUUGCAGAGACAAAACAAAAUGGUAGCUACAGGACAUCGUUCCUUCCUACUGUACUGUCCAACUGAUGGUUAGCACACAGUACUUUCCAUCGGAAAAAAUCACGUUAGUUAUGCUUUCAUAUGGAUUACACUUGUGCCAGUUGGCCCAGGAGGUGAGGAGGGCAGACCAAGGUACGGUGUUCAUUUCCUGACCUGGUGUUAGAACAGUUUUUGGAAAUAAUGCAGUGGCAUCAGAUGAAUGAAACACUACUGACCACAGCAUAACACAGAAGGAUGACAGAGACAUUGGAGAAGGGAAGGUGUCUGUCAGGCAUGGAAGGUGGGAGCUCAACACGCAGCAGUGCCAAGACAGCUGUGUGAAAUCCAAACCUUUCUGCUGAAAGUAAACCCAUACAGUGUGUGUUACUGCAAUAUUUGUGUCUCUCAGUCACUCCUCAUGAGUACCUGAUACUGGAGGAGGGAGGCAGGAGGAGGAACUAUAGAUAACUGUACUGUUUAGUGUACAUACCACUCUGUAUCUCACUACCAGUCUUCCAAACUCAUCUGUUUGGAUCCCUCAGCUGUGUGCAAUUGUAUUGCCACAAACCACACUCUCCUCCUUUCCCCUGUCACACAAAUUUCAGGAGACAAAGGCUAGGUGAAAAGCGGCAAAUACCCCUAGCUCUGCCUUUUACUUGAUACUCUCAGAAUUAAAUCUGUGUAAUGCCAGACUAUUAGAUGUGUUAAUGGUGCCACUUACAGUCAACACCUUUUUUGUUAAGCAUUAUAGUUUCUAAUUUGUAACCUAAUUCUUUUAAUUUUGUUUAUUUUAGCUUUAAUAUGUAAGCAAUUUUUAUACUCUUCAGCUGCAUCAACAAGAGAGAUCUUUGUUCAGGUCUUGUAUAAUACAGCAUGGAGAAGAAACAGGGCUUCCAAUGAGAAAAGGGAUUUCAUAAUUUACACAUUAGGUCUUUAAAACCAUAGCCAAUCUAGGCCUAGUUGUGCUGGGAUUUUACAAAUACAUAGCAAAUUGCAGCUGGCAUGCAAUCUAAGCAAACACAAAGGCUGACAAGAGAAUAGUGGGCUGCAACUUCAUUGGGAAUGUCAGCUUGGAAGUCUGGUUUGGAGCUAGUCACAAGAGCAAGUGAUAUUCUUCACUCAGUCAUCUCACCUUGGACUACACUGAAUUAAAAGAGGCUUGUUGAGUAGGGAAAUCACAAAUCUCUGGAAAUGAGCAAGUAUUUUUUCAUCUGUGUCAUAUACAGUAAGUGGGAACCAAUGCCUUCAACUGCACUGCAAUGUCCCAAUCAUUAGAUGAUGAUGUUGCACAAUGGAACCAUCCCCAGCCUGAGCAAUGAUUUUUGUUCCUGAUCUGGACACAGGGAUGAGGCAGAAGCUCUGUUUAUUACAUAGCAAUUUAAAAGCACACUGAAUCAAGUCCUCCAGGUGAACAUAAAGUCUGCAGAGAAAGCCUGUAACUUGUGAUGCUCUGCUGAAGCUGUGCAAUGAGGAUCUGAACCAGAAGCAGAGCCAUGUGUCAAGUUAAUUGUGUUCUCUGGUAGUUAACUUUCAUUGUUAGUGGUCAGUGAAAGAAAUCAGCGUUGAAUCAGUAACUUCACCAGAAAUAAUAAUGUCUACAGAGGGCAGAUUCUGUGUUCUUUCUUAUCUUUUUGCUUUUUGAUAAAAAUGAUAAAAAAAUUACCACAAUUG